AUUCACAUUCUAAUGUGGGAUAUAUAUGAUGUACGGAGUCAUUUGGAAGUAACCUUAGAAGAAAGUACUCUCCUUGAUGGAGACCAGGAAGAACUUCUUAUAAGAGGCAGGCUUGGAGCCAAGUCUGCAAAGAAGCCAGAAGGUAGAGAUAAAGAGGGAGAAUCUUCUAGCAAGAAGAAUAGACAGUGGAAAGGUGUAGAGAAGUGAGAUGAUGCAAGAGGAGUGACCAGCAAAGCAGUCAAGAAGGAUGAAGCCUGAGAAAAGGCCAUUCAAUCUGACUGCCAAAUGAUAUGGUUAGAAAUCAGAUUGAAAAGUACCAGGAGGUAGUGAGAAGAAUGGAAAUGGUGGCAAGAGUGGAAGAAGUUUGUUUUUUCCUCUAGGAUCUUGGUUGAGAAAUAGAGAAUGAUAGCUUGAAGGAAAUGGCAGAAUUCAAUCAAGAUUUUUUUUUAAAGAUGAAGAUUUAGAUAUUUUUAUUUGUAAGCAGCAGGAAAUAACCUAGCAUAUGGAGAGAGAGAAAGGACAAACUACUGGAAAAAUGAAGGGGAGGGCAUUGAGGGCACUUAAAGAUGUUGGCUCUGUCAAGGAGGGUAUUAUAAUACAGAGUAAUAUAGUACAGAGAAUGGGGGAUGAUGUCAGGGAAUUGUGAUAUAAAAAAGGCAGAAUAAAGGAGUUCACUGGGAAUCAUUAUUUUCUCAGUAUAGUCAAGUUGUCAGACUAUGGGGUCAAAAAAUUGGAUGUGUGAGAGGUUUGAGAAGGAAUAAAAGAUUUGGAAUGGCCUGUUUGAGGGAUGGGAUAGAGAAUCAGUUAGGAGUAAAAGGAUAGCCUUGCAUUUUUGAGGAAGACCCAGUUAAGAAUGUCUAGCAAAAUUAGGAUUAGAUCCAAUCAGCCCCUUUAUAACUUCUUUAGUUCUGUUUAGUAGCAUGGGAGUAGCAUGAAGGAGACAGUUGGUGGGAGAAACCCAAGUUUGGGUUUUGGCAAAGUAUGAGUAAUGAUAGAAUAAGGGGACAAGGAAUUUGAAAGUAGAAUACAUAUAGUCAAAUAGGAAUAACUCUAGGGUCAAGAUUAGAAAGGGUGAUGACCUCCGGAAAAACUCUGAGAUGUGAAAUGAUUGGGGUCAUGAUGAGGAUGUAGAGAGAUAAGACGUAGGGAAAAUGGAUGCUCAGAGGUUGUGAUCAGUUUGAGAAAUAUCAGAACUUUUGGCUAUGGAAGUAAAACACUUGUAGGUAAUGGGCAGGUGUAAGGGGUGGCUGUCCCUGUGUGUGAUUCCAGGAGAAUAGAAGAGGAGGUCAUGGACUUCAGGAUGUUCGAUAUCAGCAUCAAUAUCUUAGCUAUUAUGAGAGUAGGCUCUGGGCCCUAAAGGAAGACAGUGAGCCUGGACUUUGGUGGACUUCAACUCCAUAUGAAUCAGUUGUGUGCCAGAAAGGCAAAGGUGAUCCCAGAUUGCCUUGAGAAGCUUCCCUUCAGAGACUGUACUAAGAGAGCAUUGGCCAGAGAGAAGCUGCUGUGCCCUGCCCUGCCCUGCCCUAGCUGCAUGUCGCAGUUGAGAAAUAUCAUUGAUAAACUAGAAAGAGACCAGGAGAUAGAAAUGAACUUUGAUUUUUUUUUUUGCCAAAUGAAGAUCUUUUGAAGGAGCUGGGGAUGCUUGACCCAGGGAAGCAUGGUUUGUCACCUAGAAGAAGCCUUCAACCUGUUCUGCUUGUCCUCUGGAAGUAGCAUGCUAAGCAAUCUGGCUGCAGAGGCCUGUUAAGGCUUGAGUCACCUGGAUACCUCCUUUCAGUGUUUGGGCUGUGUGCUCUCACUGGAUUCUUCAAGCAACAUAUUGGGAGCCUUGGAAGCUCUUGGAAGUCCCAUCUACCCUCACACAUCUGUGAUUCCUGCACAUUGGAGACAUCCUUUGUGAAGAUGUAUUAGACAACAUGGAUGAAAACUGCCUGUGAUGUGAAGGAAAUAGUUGACAAACAGGGACAUAACAAAGUGUUGAGUUUUACAAUCCCAUCUUUAUCUAAGCCAUCAAUAUAUCAUGAACCUUCCAGCAUUGGUUCCAUGGCUCUGACAGAGAGUGCUUUAAGCCAGCAUGGUUUAUCAAAAGUUGUUUACAGUGGACCUCAUCCUCAAAGAGAGAUGUUAACAGCUCAGAAUAAGUUUGAAGUGUUGACAUUCCUUUUAUUGUGUUACAAUGCUGCCUUAACCUAUAUGCCCAGUGUUUCUCUUCAAUCGCUGUGUCAAAUUUCUUCAAGAAUUUGCAUUUGUGGAUACCCUCGACAACAUGUAAGAAAAUACAAAGGUAUAAACAGCAGGAUUCCAGUUUCUUCAGAAUUCAUGGUGCAGCUGUUAACAGGAGUUUAUUUUGCCUUUUAUAAUGGAGAAUGGGAUAUGGCUCAGACGGCCCUGGAAGAUAUCCUGUACAGAGCCCAGUUGGAGUUGUAUCCUGAACCGCUGCUGGUUGCUAAUGCAAUAAAGACUUCGUUGCCUGCGGUUGCCAUGAAAUCUAGUAAGGAGGGUAAAAGAAGCAUUCAGGUUGAAAUUACCCAAACUUCCUCGAGAAUAUCCAGAAAUGCCGUAACCAGCAUGUCAAUAAGAGGGCAUAGAUGGAAAAGACAUGGUAAUACAGAUUUAACAGGCCAAGAGGAGCUAAUGGAAAUAUCUGAAGUAGAUGAAGGAUUUUAUUCCAGGGCUGCAUCUAGCACCAGCCAGGCUGCCUUAUCAAACACCACCACCACCAGCAAGAGCAGUGUAGGAAAGAAUCCACGGAGGUCCGGAGGAAGCCGAACCGGAGGAAAAGAAAAGGAGGAAUCGGGCAGAGAGCACUCAGCUCGGAAACAAAACCCAAGAGCCCUGAGUGAGAACCUCGAGCUGCUGUCUCUGAAGAGGCUCACUCUGACCACCAGCCAGUCUCUGCCCAAGCCUGGCAGCCACAGCCUGGCCAGGACCGCCGCCACCGUCUUCAGCAAGUCCUUUGAACAAGUCAGCGGGGGCACUGCCCCCCACCCGGCUGCCGUGGGCAGUGGAGGGUCGGGGACAGAUGCCAAUAGGUUUUCGGCUUGCAGUCUGCAGGAGGAAAAGCUGAUUUACAUCUCGGAAAGAGCCGAGCCUCAAGCUCCACUCAAACACCCGCCCAGUCAGCCGAGACCUCCCAGCAUCAGCAUCACCCUGUCAAGUGACUAGCGUCUGGGACACGGCCCGCCAGGCAGCAAAUUGAGAGGUUUCCUUCCCUUCUAUGUGCUUCAUCCCUGUUUCUGAGAAGUCACAACUGUUGAGAAUUCUGGAGGUCAGCUGGAAUGGCCAGCGGUGUCUCCGCUGCAGUGCGUUACAGCCUAGUUUAUUUAGCUUUUCCCGGACAGCGCCCCUUUCUCCCUGGCCCCCCAGCUUGAGGAAGGAAGUCGGGGAGCAGUUCUGGCGGGUUGUCUGAUGACUUUGGCCACAGCCUGGCUGAGGCUGACUGUUUGUUAGUUGGAUUGUGACCUUCAGUGAGGAGGGACAGCUUCUCCCCAUGCUUUUUACUGGUGAUGAAAAGGGGAAGCAGUAGUGAAACGCCAGGAAUCCUACCUCCCUCUUAGUGCGUCUGUUGGGCAGAGGCGUCGGGCCUAGGAGCAAGCCUGCGGUGCUGGGGCCUCCGGCCUCCAGGAAAGUCUCUCCCUCAGUUGGGACCAGAGUUUGAUCAGAAGCCUAGGGACUGGCUGUAUUGUUGGAUGUCGGGCCCCAAAAGGUGAAGGAAGGAUGUAGCCGUAGUGGGCUCCAGCUGGAGCCCGAGAGCACCUGCCUGAGGGCCCAUUGCUUUGUUGUGUUUGCUGCUGCUGUGGAGCAGGUCAACCUUCUUUUCAUGGUUUCCUUCAUGUUGUAGUAGGCCCUGGAACUGAGGAGGAGCAUGUUUGUCCAGCUCUUCUACUUUGGAAAUUCCUGUUAGUUUGAUCCUCUAGUUAAGAAAAUGCCCUUCUGGAGAUGGCUGGAAAAUCACUGUAAAUCUCUGAAUAUCAUUCCAGCAAAAAACAAAAACAAAAAACAUUAAAAAAAGAAAGAAAAGAAAAAAAAUGUUUAAAUGGCAAGAUAACUGUCCAUUUUUACUCUUGUACGGUGUGAAGUUUCUAUGCAAAUAAAGGAAUUUAGAUGUUAAAAGUUUUACAAUUACACAGUGUCAUGAAAAGAAUAAAGAACAACAACAAAAAAACUAUAAAAGAACAUAUGAGGUAUUUACAUAGUGACUGUAACUGAGCUUUAUCAUUUUCCUGCUUUGGGCCUGUAAACUUAAAAUCACCACAUAGGGACAAGUGGUGGCUUUGUGUUUGUUUCUGCUUCAUUUUAUGUAUUGUUUAUAGUUUAAAUAGUCCUUAUAUUUAUUGGAAAAAAAAAUGACCAAAAUGAUGGGCUUCUCCCUCUAGCUUUUUACCUGUUCCUCUCUGGAGCCUCUUCUACUAAAAGUAAAAUGUCAUUUGCAAAGAAAAAUGAUGAUGACUUUAGAUAUUUCCUGUAUCAGUCUUUCUUUAGGCCUGGGUCAAAAGCAUGAGAAGAACAUGUUGUGGAAGGGAGGAGUGUCCAUUAAAGUACUGAUUUAAUAAAGCCUAGGUCAGAAGUAAAUCUGUAAAAACCAAAGCACAAACCGGUGACUUUCAGCCCUGAAUACCAUUGAGUUGGAAUAUUAUAGAGAUUUCUUUUCUUUAGGUUCAGGUGUUAAACUUGGGGUGAGCUCUUAGGCCUGUAGAGCAGCUAAUGAACAGAAGAGGUCCAGGGGGGGAAAGCUCCUGGGGCCAAGGAGCAUUUGUAUCCCUCGGCAAGGAGGGCUGGGGGCCAUUACAAGUGCUUGGCCAAGAUCACUGGGGAUUCCCUCCCUAUUCCUCCUCUGUAAGGAAAACAAAGAGUUGCAGGGCUUUUUCCAUAAUUGUCACGGUUGUAUCCUUAAUGAUUUCAUAGCUUUAGUCUUAAUCUCAAGCAGUUUAUUACUUUGCUGGAGUCUCAUAAGGGAAAUUCAUGCAGAUUAAGGACGUUUUGGUGGUUGGUGCCCCAGGCUGCAAACUCUCAGAAGAAAGCAUUGAUAUGGAGGAGGUGCAAAUUGUAGGCCUGACAUCAUUCUCACACUGUUAUGAAGCCUUAUUUUGGUAUUGGGAAUAAUAAUGCAGAUCAGUCAGUAGGCUAAUGAUUAGAGCUCUUUCACUUUAGAAUUCUCAGUAUUUUCAUCCCAUUAUUCUCAUGCUCUAUCAUGGAAAAAUUACUUGAGAGUAAAACAUAGGAAAAUUUUAGAGUAGUUUUAUAUACGUUACAUUUGUUUGACAUUAACUUAUAGCAUAUAAUGAUAACAACUACAGCAGUAAAAUAACGGAUAAUAGUACCCUAGAUCUCAUUCUUGGCAAGUUGACAUAAAACAUGACAGCUGGGCUAUGGUUAUCUUGACAUGGGGGUAUAGUUACAGGACCCUAUCUCUGGCCUACAGUAAUGGUCUCUGACAACUAGCAGAGAUACUGGGUCGAGAUUCUGAUCUCCCUCCCCGCCCAGUCACCCAGAAGGACUUAAGGACAUUUCUGGUUCCAGUCUAUAGGGGCUCUAGGAAUAUCCCUCCCACCCUGCUACUCUCCUUCCACUUCAGCUUGGAGGAUCCAUGAGAGUAUAAGAAUAAAGCAAUUCUCUCUUGAGUGGGAGAUUCAAGAGAGCAUCAUACAGGUUCUUUGAGGUGCUAGGAAGAACAGGAUCUAUAUGCCAUCCCAGAGAAACCAGGAGCUCUCAGGGCAGAAGGAAAUCAGAGUUUAAGCCAAGGCUUAAGGAAAAGGGCUGAUUCCUAGGGACCUCUCACCUUGGAAGCCUGGCUGAAGGUCCUUUUAGAGAAGGAAUAUUUAUCCUUUUUAAUUUGAAACUUUCAUCAUAUAGUACUCUUUCUUAAACAUUAUUUGAAAUGUUUUAAGUAAAAGGAAAUAUGUAUUUGAACCUAAACACUUGGAAUCCAUCCCAGUUUUAAGGGAUUACAUUUGGAAAUUAGAUAUUUGGAAAAUCAAAAUGAGAGCAGUAGCACUGUGGUCAGUUUUAUUAGUAAUCUGGAGCAGAAGGCAUUCUUGCAGUUAUGAAGACUUGAGAAAGUGAUGGAGUCUGACACUCAAAUUUAGAAGCUGACCCCAAGUUCCACUUUGUGGAAGGGCAAGACUUUGACAGAUAUGUUACCAUUGAGAGUCCGCAAAAAUCUGUAUCUUUUAAAUCGCUCAACCUUUUUUUGUAGCUUAAAAAUCUCAGCUUAGGUAUAGAUAGGUGUUUUAUUAUAUAUAUAGGUCCUUUGAUUCUGAAGAGAAAAUAAUUUGUGGCCCUUUAGAUACUCUUACUAAAGAUCGUAGUUUUUAAAGAUUGUAUGAUGGAACCUUCCCAGUCAUGGGAAAAAGGAAGAUGACUUUUGAUUGGGAUAGAUUUUUUCCAGGUUUCCUUAGUAAAAUUACUCUCAGUACUGUCCAUUAUUCAUAUCAGUGUUAUAAGUACAUUGGAAUUCCCCAUUAGAGAUAUAAAGUAUAUUUUGUCUUUUUGUACUAUGUAAUUCUCGUAUUUUAUAACGACUCCAUAUCUACAGAGACUACAAUACAUCACGGGACAAAGUGGAAAAUGUAUUGUUACUUUUUUAAAUAGUAGAGGACCAGUUAGUGCAAGAGUAUAUAUACAUUGAUGUGAAGUUUGGUUUUUUUUAUAAGUCAGAUCUAAGAUCUUAUUUCUUAAAAUUGCUUUCUCAUAUCGUUUUUGUUGUGCACCACUUCCCUUGUUACCUCUUCUGAUCGUGUAGUGAUACUAACCUUUUCUUAGUAAAGAUUUUGUUUUCAAUUGUAUAUCUAGAGUUUACAUUCCUGAAGAAUCAAUCACAAGUUGAAAUACUUUUUAUGUGUUACUUACCUUUUUAUGGCAAUGAAAAUAAACUGGAGUUUAGUUUUUUGAAGUUUUGUAUAUUGUGUGUUUUCCAUCCACAGUCCUUUCUAUAGCAGAAUGUUGCUGCAAAUAAAUAGGUUUUAAUAAAAUAAAAGUUGAACUAAAA